CCGAAUAAUAUCUUCAACUUCGAUAGAAGUUUCGAUAUAUACAAGGUUUUCUUCUCGCAUAGAGUUUUUAGUACAAAUAAAAUGGCUUUGUGGUGUUUACUUUUUAUUAUGUUUUUUAGUGCAUGUGAAGCAAAGUUGCAGCUACCAAAGGACGUGAAUAUAACUGCGGUUUUUGCUUUUGGAGAUUCAAUUGUGGAUCAGGGAAAUAACAACAAUUUAACAACUCACGCAAAGUGUAAUUUUUUGCCUUAUGGGAAAGAUUUCAUGGGUGGAAAACCAACUGGAAGAUUUAGCAAUGCCAAGACUCCACCGGACAUGUUAGUGGAAGAUUUGGGGAUUAAAAAGCUAAUGCCAGCUUAUUUGGAUCCAAAUUUGAAAAUUGAAGAUUUAAAAACUGGAGUAAGCUUUGCUUCAGGAGCCUCUGGAUAUGAUCCUUUAACCCCAAUUCUCGCGUCAGCGUUGCCGCUAUCAAUACAAUUAGCUUUUUUUCAACAAUAUAUUUGGAAGCUGAAGGGAUCUGUUGGGGAAGAAGAAGGGGACAAUAUUGUAAAAAACAGUCUUUAUAUAGUAGCUGCUGGCAGUGAUGACCUCUGUAAUACAUAUUUCAUGCUCAAAAUUCCACGGAAGACGCUAUACAAUAUUGACUCAUAUACUAAUCUUAUGGUGGAUGGAGCUUCCAAUUUUGUCAAAGAUUUGUACAAUAUGGGAGCAAGAAGAAUAUGGAUAUUUGGGAUUCCACCAAUAGGGUGUUUGCCAUCACAGAGAAUCCGAGGUGGAGGUCCACCUGGAGUUUGUGUCGACGAAUACAACCAAGCCGCACUAAUGACAAAUACCAAAUUGGCAGCUAAAAUUGAUUCAUUAUCAGAAAAUUUUCCUGAAUCGGAGCUUGUUUACAUCAAUAUUUAUGAUCCUCUACUUGAUCUUAUUGUCAACCACGACAAAUAUGGUUUUGAAGAAGCAAAGAGUGGCUGCUGCCGAGGAAAGAACGAGUUCUUACUAUGCAACAACAUCAGUGGAACAUGUGAAAAUGACACAAAAUAUUUAUUUUGGGACGGUUAUCAUCUCACAGAGAAAGGUUAUAGGGUUCUCCUUGAUCAGAUUUUCAAAAAAUAAUUAACAGAUAGUUUAUUGUAAACCUGAAUUAUCAAGAUCGAGAUAUAUGUCUUAUCCAAUUAAUAAAAAUUGUAUUAUUAAAGUUCGAAAACA